GUUGAUUCAACAGAAGUAGAUUAUUAACCUGACUCACUGCCUUUGUUCAUAGAUAUGUGAGUGAAGACACAUCCGGGACAUCUCCGAGUCGCUACCCUGUGUGAAAGAUCCUAUAUAAAUGCAAAUUGUUAUUGGAGGUAUAGAGCCAGAUAUCAGACAGGAGGCACACUGUGAAGACCCAGACACCUGAGAGGUGGAGUGCUACCAAGCAGCUGUGUUGUGAGUCGGCAAGAGAGCUGCGCAGGUAAACAAAUAAAAAUGGAAACCUUUUACAACAUUAAUGAGAUAAUGAACCUGCUUGUUGUGGUCAUUGGCCUCAGUCUCAACAUUGCGGCAUUCUUCAUUGUCAUUAAUGCAAAGUGCUCACCCAGCAAUAUCUUCCUUCUAAAUCUAACCAUUUCAGAUUUGAUCUGUCUAACAUUUUUGGCUGUUUUAUUGUUUUCAUGCACUCCUUCAACAGUUUUGUUCCUUUGCCCCAUCAAUUCAUUUGUCUAUUACAGCAGCAUAUACGGCUCAACUCUGUUCCUGACUGCACUGAGUGUGGACAGGUACUUGGGGGUGGCUUUUCCCAUCAAGUACAAGUUGUACAGGAAGCCUCGAUAUGCAGUGAUAGGCAGCAUCGUCAUCUGGGUGUGUGCGAUGACCAACUGCUCUGUUGUCUUGGUGAUAGCAAUGAAAUGGAAGCCGAAUGUGACCGAAUCGAAUUGCUUCUCGGAUUGUUACACCCAUUUCACCAAGGAACAGCUUCUGAUUGUGCUGCCGUUCCGACUGGAGCUGUGCAUCAUGCUGUUCUUCAUUCCUUUGCUCAUCAGCAUUUUCUGUUACAGCAACUUUGUGAAGAUUGUGUGGUCAUCACCUUAUAUCCCUAGAGAGAGGAAACAGCGGGCUGUGGGCCUCGCACUCACCACUCUAUUCACUUUCAUUGUCUGCUUCAGUCCCUACAACAUAUCACAUAUUAUUGGAUUUUUCUCCAGCAAAAAUGUGCAGUGGAGGAAUAUUGUAAUCACCAUGGCAAUGUAUAACACCUGCUUUGACCCCAUUGUCUUCUACUUUUCAUCAACUGCUAUCCAAAAGUCAUUGAAACGUUUCUGCAGAAGAUCCAUACAAACAAGGAAUUCAUACAGAGUUAACAUAGAGAUCAUCAUCACCAGGUAGCGCCUCGUAUCUAAAGAUGGCAAAUGAUAGGUGCCUAACCCUGUGUUUGUGAGCAUUGGGAAUGACAUUGUGUCUUGAGUGACCCCAUUCGCAGGCCAUCACUGGCCCCCAACUGGUCUUCAAAUAAAAAAUGUAACAAAAUAAUAAAACUAAUCCUACACUA